GCAUCUACAUACGCAGUCGUCUGAAUAAGACAGGUUUGUCGUAGUUGGAGUACUGAAUUGUUUGCCGAAAAUUAGAGUAUAAUCGGUGGUUCUUGGCUUUAUCGGCCUCACAGUAUGACAGAGGCAGAACAAGAAGGCCAUCCAACAAAAACUGACAGCGGAGAUGAAUCUGAGGAUGAAAGCGAAGUACUAGAAGAGAGCCCAUGUGGACGAUGGCAGAAGCGACGAGAAGAGGUAGAGCAGCGGGAUGUCCCUGGCAUCGACAAUGCCUUCCUGGCCAUGGACACAGAGGAGGGUGUGGAAGUCGUAUGGAAUGAGGUCCAGUUCUCUGAGAAGAAAAACUUCAAAGCCCAACAGGACAAGAUCCGACAGGUGUUUGACAACCUGAUUCAGUUGGAGCACCCAAACAUUGUCAACUUUCACAAGUAUUGGACUGACACCAAGGGAGAUAAGCCCCGGGUUAUCUUCAUUACGGAGUAUAUGUCCUCUGGAUCUCUCAAACAGUUCAUGAAAAAGACCAAAAAGAACAACAGGCAGUUCCCUCUAAAGAGUUGGAAAAGAUGGUGUACUCAAAUACUCUCAGCUUUGAGUUAUCUACAUUCCUGUAAUCCUCCAAUCAUUCACGGCAACUUGACGUGUGACACCAUCUUUAUCCAGCACAACGGCCUCAUCAAGAUAGGCUCAGUUGCUCCGGAUGCCAUCCAUCUGCAUGUGAAGACGUACCGGGACGACCUGAAAAACAUGCACUGCAUCGCUCCUGAUCCAGAACCCAUUACAACGAAAGUAGACCUCUAUUCCUUUGGAAUGUGCGCCCUGGAGAUGGCAGCACUAGGUUUCCAUGGAAAUGGUGAAGGCGGGAAUCUUGUGACCCUUGAGGCAAUACAGCAUACACUUGACUCUCUGGAUAAUAAGCUUCUCAAGGAUUUCCUGGUCAAGUGCAUCGAUAGGGAUCCCCACAAGCGCCCCAAUGCCAGAGAGCUGUUGUUUGAAGCAGUAUUAUUUGAGGUCCACUCUCUGAAACUGCUGGCUGCACACACCUAUGCCAAGACUACAUCCAAUCUUCCAGAGAAGCUGACAGAAGAGGCCUGCUUUACCAAAUCUGAUCCAAACAAAGUGAUAGCAGAGAUACACCAUCCGAACAAAAGCCCAUUUCAGAUGAGGUUUUCACAAGUGCCAGCAUUGGAGUUGGAAAAGUUCCUUGAAGAUGUGCGGAAUGGAGUGUACCCGCUGACAGCAUUCGCAAUGCCCCGUCCUCCUCCAUCUAGGCCACAGGCCAAAACACCAGAACUAGCCGAGUCUGUGAAGUCGGAGACGCCGGAACACAUGGAUGUUGAGACCAGGAUGGUGAUCAAUAUGUCAUGUCAGACACGCAAGAAUGAGGACAACCCCACCAAGUUGAUUACUAUAUUGCUAAGGAUGGACGAUAAAAUGAACAGACAACUUCAGUGUGAGCUAUCAGGGGAAGAUAACUCCACAACUCUAGCUGAAGAGUUGGUUCACUAUGGAUUCAUUAAUGAGCUUGACAGAGACAAAGUUGCCAUAAUGAUCGAUGAGAAUUUGAAAAAUGGUAUGUGCAACGAAUCGCCCACUCCACCAAUAGCCAUUCCAUCCUCGUAACUUCGGGGCUCUUCGAAAUUCCCCAGGUUUUCGGCCAAAUACUUUACAGGCUCUUCACCCAUGAUAAAUUAUGGGAACUGCCUAAACCAGAGCGAACACUUGGUUGCAGUACAAAACUCACGGAAAUCACUGUAAUAUCUGUCCUAGUCAAUGCAGUAAAUCAACAGUCAAGGAAACAAGCACAUGCUUCCGUAGUUUAUCGUGGAGAUGUGUCCAGUUGCCAACUCUGAAGAAGAAAGUGCCUUUACAGAAACUGUCCUGAGUUCCAGUCCAGCAUCCUCUGAUAUAUACCCAGUUCAGUAGCUGGUACAUUGAUAUAUACCUGGUACAGUAGCUGGUGCAUUGAUAUAUACUCAGUUCAGUAGCUGGUACAUUGAUAUAUACCUGAUACAGUAGCUGGUGCAUUGAUAUAUACCCAGUUCAGUGGCUGGUACAUUGAUAUAUACCCAGUUCCGUAGCAGGUACAUUGGUAUAUACCCAGUUCCGUAGCUUGUACAUUGAUAUAUACCCAGUUCUGUAGCUGGUACAUUGAUAUAUACCUGGUACAGUAGCUGGUGCAUUGAUAUAUACCCAGUACAGUAGCUGGUACAUUGAUAUAUACCCAGUUCUGUAGCUGGUACAUUGAUAUAUACCCAGUUCAGUAGCUGGUACAUUGAUUUAUACCCAGUACAGUAGCUGGUGCAUUGAUAUAUACCUAAUACAGUAGCUGGUACAUUGAUAUAUACCCAGUACAGUAGCUGGUACAUUGAUAUGUACCCAGUUCUGUAGCUGGUACAUUGAUAUAUACCCAGUUCAGUAGCUGGUACAUUGAUAUCUACCCAGUACAGUAGCUGGUGCAUUGAUAUAUACCUAACACAGUAGCUGGUACAUUGAUAUAUACCCAGUACAGUAGCUGGUACAUUGCUGGUACAUUGAUAUAUACCUGGUACAGUAGCUGGUACAUUGAUAUAUUACCAGUACAGUAGCUGGUACAUUGAUAUAUACCCAGUACAGUAGCUGGUACAUUGAUAUAUACCCAGUACAGUAGCUGGUACAUUGAUAUAUACCCAGUACAGUAGCUGGUACAUUGAUAUAUACCUGGUACAGUAGCUGGUACAUUGAUAUAUACCCAGUACAGUAGCUGGUACAUUGAUAUAUACCUGGUACAGUAGCUGGUACAUUGAUAUAUACCCAGUACAGUAGCUGGUACAUUGAUAUAUACCCAGUACAGUAGCUGGUACAUUGAUAUAUACCUGGUACAGUAGCUGGUACAUUGAUAUAUACCCAGUACAGUAGCUGGUACAUUGAUAUAUACCUGGUACAGUAGCUGGUACAUUGAUAUAUACCCAGUACAGUAGCUGGUACAUUGAUAUAUACCCAGUACAGUAGCUGGUACAUUGAUAUAUACCUGGUACAAACCCAGUACAGUAGUCAGUACAUAAGCAAUUCAACAUCAGGUUGCCUGGGAGGCUCCAUGUAUUGGAUGCUUUCAUACAAGUUACUUUGAGGUUUGUUCAGUUGUAUCAUAUAAUUAAGAAAUAAUGAUAAUUACCAAAGCAAGACUUGUGUUUUGUUUGGGGAAGAAACUCUUUUGUUGUUCCUCUCCUAUCUCAUUUGACACUGUGCAACAAUAGGGGGAGAAAGUAACUCAGUUUUAUCACUAAUUUCUUAUAACGUGAUGGAAAAGUACUUAAAUGUUAGUAUUUUGUAACCAUCCUAUGAUGCCUAUGGAUACCUUAACCUAUUUCUAUUUGGAUGGGACAAGUGAGAAUUUCUUUUCGAAUAUUCUAACACAUUUCAGGUUCAUGUCAAAUGUAAUUCUUGGACAGCUAAAUUUAUAUGCAUGCUAAGGAAAUUAAUCACAUCUUUGUAUAAAAAUUUACUGAUUUCCCCCCCCCCCAAAAAAGAAAACCACAACAAAAACAACAACUGAAAAUAAAUGAGUCAUAUAACUGUAAUCACAAUAAUGGAACCUUUGGUGGUACCACAAAAGUUUUCUUUUAAGUUCAGCUGUAGAAUUUUCCAGAAACACUGAAAGAUGGUAGUAUGAUAAUGACAAUCGUUGAAUCCGUAUGUUUGUAUGAUAUUAGAUGUUAUUAAAUUUCAUUUUUGGUUUGGGUAUGUAUCAAUUGUGAAUGAAAUGUAUUGAACUGUUUUCAUUAUCUUCAUAGUUGACAUUGAUUUUGAUAUCUGUGAAGUAAAUUCUGGUUUGUUUUAAGAUUUUGGUGUAUGUGCCAGUACUGUGUUUCAAAUAAUUGAACACUUAUGAGAUUACAAAACAGAUCUAAAAUACAUCUUGUUUCAAAUUUCAUCAACUAAAGAAAAGGCAGUGGCCAUUGGCAACACAACUUAAAAUGUUUUGCACGUACUCAGUCCUCAUUGCUCCUGCAUCUCAACAGGGUUGGGGGGCACGGGUGGCCCAGUCGUCUAAGGCGCCGCCAUUCGCUGUGCAGAGUUGCGUCCCUUGGGCACGCCAGAAACCUAUGAUUGUGGGUUCGAAUCCCGGUUCGCCCCGAUGAUGUUUCUAGGUUUGUCAGCACCAUACCCGUGCUCGUGGGUUUCACCGAAGUGGUAAACGUCUGAGACCUGCAUCACUUCGGGCUUUCCUCCCACAUUAAGCUGACACGCUGUGAUAUAACUGGAAUACUGUUAAAAGCGGCGUUAAACCCAACUCACUCACUCACUCACUCAACAGGGUUGUUUUAGAUUCUGAGCCUAUUUUGACAUACUCUGAUGACUAUUGUAUGCAUGUGAUAUAUCUUGUUGGUGUAAAAGCAGGUACUUGCAUCAGUGUAUCAUUUAGCUGUUUAUUAUUUUGGUCUGUUAUCAAACAGUAUUAUUCAGUGUAUAGAGCUGUAUGCCUGGGUUAUUGUCUGAGUAUAUCAUGGUAGCAAUGUGGAUGUUUUGCUGUGUUGCCGAAUGUGUUAAUGCAGUUUGUAAAAAUUAUAUAUAUGUAUAUAAACUUAGCAGUAUAAAUACAAUAGAAACUUGAACAUGGGACGUCUUGUGUAUGCAUGGACGAAUGGACGAUUUUUUUCUGUAAACAUUUGUGAUUGGGCAAACCCCAAGACUCGUUUAAUGAUUGACUACAAUGGUCAGUUUGGAGUUGAAGUGUUGAAUUUGUUGACUCAAUAACUGGAACACAUGUGAAUGGAAUUUUAUAGACAUGAAAAAAAACACAUAGCAAUUCAGUUAGGGAGUAUUUGCUCACCUGAAUAGAAAUCAAGUGAGCAAUGGCAUUGUCCUUCUGUCGUUACCGUAUACCUUUUUGACAUUGAAUUUGCAAGGCUUAUGGAGGUGCUGAAAUUUGUAUGAAUGACCCCAGUGAUGGCUUUUCUGGAAAUUGAUCGUAGAGUUCCAAUCUGAUUUUACACAUGGUUGCCAUUUUUUGUUCAGAAUUCAGGUGAACUACACAGCUUUGUGACUCUAUAUUAUUAGUUUUAUUUGUCCAAUUAAGAUAUUUUUUUCAGUGAACACAAAUGUAGUCUUUUACCCAUUGAAACUGCUCUCAAGCCUUGUAUAGUUCUUCCCCAGAAGCAGUCCACAAUUACUCGAACUAGGAUAAAGAUUGCAGACAGGACUUUUCCUUGACAGUCCUGGUUGAAGCAGAGCAUUUAGCAUUCACAGCCUUGUAUAGUUGUUCCCCACAAGCAGUCCAAAGUUUCUCAAGGGGGCACGGGUGGCCCAGUCGUCUAAGGCGCCGCAAUUUGCUGUGCAAAGUUGCGUCCCUUUGAUUGUGCCAGAAACCUUUGAUUAUGGGUUUGAAUCCUGGUUCGCCCCGAUUAUGUUGCUAGGUUUGUCAGCACAUUAAGCGGACAUGCCGUGAUACUGACACUGUAAUACUGUUAAAAGCGGCAUUAAACACAACCCACUCACUCAAAGUUUCUCAAAACAGCUUUUUGGGGCACAUUGUGACAGUGUCAGUAUACACAAAUACAGCCAUUGUAAUGAUACCCCAGCAACUGACAUGGUUUGUGAAGACAAAAAUGAUGUGCAAUGAUGUUUUGUGUACAGAAUGGAUGUGAAGUUAAUUUUGAUAUGUUCAGUGUAAUAUGAGCUCCUAUGAAGUUUUUUUUAUGUCAACUUUGCACAGGAUUUGUGUUUGCCUUGUUUCCAAGUUGAAUAUGGACUUGAAGCCGACUUAGGUAAAAAUUGGAAUGGAAUAUUCAUCUCCUCUUUGAUAAUUGUCUAUUCUAAAACAUAGUAGAAAAUAUUAAAGGGGCCUUCAGCCCUUGUUUGAGAAGUAUUUUUGUUAUCAGAUUAAGGGUGCAGUGAUAAGUGUCAUGAAACACACUUACUGUUAAAGCGAUAUAUUCAAAAAUACAUAUCGGGGGUUACUCUUGAGUACAGAAUUGGGAUACAGAAACAUUACCAUCAUAUUGUUUGUUUUUAUUUUUAAAAGUAAACAUAAGAAUUUGUUCACUGAUUUUAAAUAUAUAAUUAAUAAAAUAUUCAAAAAUGCAUAUCGGGGGUUACAAGUAAUCUUUUGGCUUAUGCGUUACUGAGGUAUUGACUUGCUGCGGUUGCGCAACCAUAUUGUCCCACGGAAUAAAAAAAUACAACACGGAUUAUAACCUGAAUGUGUGGUUGGUGAUGUUGUACAUAUGUGUUGGGUCUUGUGCUAUAAAUGGUGCUUCUGUCUGCUGCUUUUGGUGUGGACACUUUGUGAAAUAAGAUUAAAGUCAUGUAUGCUUCUCUAGUGUGUUUUAAGUGUGAAAAAAAUCCUGUGAUUAUAUUUUCUUACAAAGUCAUUCAAUGUAUUUCCAGUAGUGAAAAUGUUGAUUUUUAGUUAAGUUACUGGUAUUGGUAAGUACUUACAAGCACUGCAGCUCCCAGAGACAAAAAGUAGAGAGUCAAAAUGAUUUUGAAAUUUUCAUAGUUUGUUUAGAAUUUCAUGAUACCAUUUGCUAAUGAUAAUCACAACAAAAUCAAAAUAAAUCUCAUUUAAGCUAAGAUAAUGGUCGAUUUCUCCAUUCCAGCUGUCAGUGUAAUUAGCCAAAGAAAUGGAUUACAGUGCGUGUUAUAUUGUCCUUGUUUACAUUGCUUGGAACAAUCAUUUUGAUAGCACAUGGAGAGAUUUGUAAAUAUGUUUGUAAUCACCAUGGUUACAAUGUAUGGUGCUUGUUUCAAAUACAUGUUUUUAUCCAAUCUUUGUGGGUUAUCUCCCUUUACUCUGAGCCAAGAUCACCUGGAAAGUUGUCUUCUGCUAAUUCAUCAUAUUCCACACUGGGGUGUAGAACUGCCCCUGAAUGUUGUCCACAAUGUCAUAAUGUUUUCACAUAGUACAUUGAUUGAAAUCAACAUUUAAACAUUUGAUUAUGUUUCUAGGUUUGUCAGCACCAUACAUGUGCUCGUGUGUGUCACUGAAGUGAUGAACGUCUGUAUCACUUCAGGCUUUCCUCCCACAGUAUGCUGACGCACCGUGCUGUAACUGGAAUACUGUUAAACACACCUUUAAACCCAACUUGUACACUAAAUGAGGGUGUAUAAUUAGGCCAGACUGAAGUUUAUUUUCUCUUUUUUUUCUCUCAGAAUUUCCAGAUUAAUAUGACAUGCCUUGAGGCAGGAGCAAAGACAUAAUAUAAAAUCGUCUUGAUUAAGUUUUUGAAAUAACAUGCCUCAAAAAGUGUAUUUUCAACCACAUGCAACAAUUUAUUGCUUUUAUAUCAUUUUAACUUUUACAAACUCCAGAGCAUGCCCUUAACAAGAUUAGAUAGAUCACACCUUUCAUUGACACAAACCAGUGAUUGUGGCUUCAAAUCCCUGUUAAUGUUUCAAGGUUUGUCAGCACCAUACCCAUGCUCGUGGGUUUUACUAAAGUGGUAAAUGUCUAAGACCUGCAUCACUUCAAGCAUUCCCACAUUAAGCUGACACGCCGUGAUGUAACAGGAAUACUGUUCAAAACGGUGUUAAACCCACACAAAGCAAUUUAGUUGCACAGUGAUCAACUUGCUGAGGCUGUGUCUUGUUUUGACAAGGUCAUCUUUAAUCAGGGUAAAACCUCUCUCACAUUUGGUCCAGUUGGUCAAGGGAGGUAACUCACACCAUCCUAUCCACUUCCCUUUAUUUCAGGAUCUUGACAUUAUUGUAUGACAUGUAGAUGUAUAUUUAUUUCUUAUUGUUCUUCAUGCAGAUGUGUAUCACCAAAGUACUGUGGCAUGAAUUCAGUAUUUGUUCAAAGGCAUUAUUUUUGGUUCCUGCAGUAUACAUUAUUCUUUGAUUUGGUUGUAUAUUUCUUUGUUUAUGCAUACAUCCACUCGAAUUCCAAUUUAAUUCCAAUUCAGUGUUCAUUGUGAUUUUUCUGUGUAGUCUCAAGACAUCCUUCUUUCAUUUUGAAUACACUGAUCCAGUCAUUGAAUUUCCCGGUACUAUUCAAAGCAUAUAUGGACAAUAUUUUGAAUUGGUUUUUAACCGGCUGUUUUAUUUCUCAGAUACCUGUAUCAUUGAUAACCAGUUGCAUAAGGUUCAUUCUUUGUUGAAGCGGUGAUGUGAAGUUAACUUCCAAACAAAUGUGAUCUUUUCAUGUCAGGUAAUUUUCACCACCGUAACAGGGUUCGACAAAUAUGCAAGGCCCCUUUCCACAAAGCGAUCUUAGUGCUAAGUCGAUCGUAACUCCCAUUCUUUAACAGUGACUUACAGCAGUUGUAGCGCUAAGAUCGCUUUGUGGAGUGGGUCCUAGGUUCUCAAGACAAAUACCAUCCUGGUAGAGAACAUGGAGAUGGUCUGACAGGAAAGUAGGAAAUAUGAAAUGUCACCUUCAUUCGUGUUCACCUUUAACAGAAAUUGGAAGAAUAUUUGCAACUUGAAGGUGUUAGAAUCUUUGUAGAACUGAUGUCUUUCUGUGGAUCAUGAAAUUUCUGUAGCAGUGGUGGCCUGAAAAAUAAUAUUUGUCGAGCCCUGCAUAACUUGUCCGAGGUAAACAUUUGGAUUAAUGUUACUUAAUGCAUGUUUAAAGUGUGGUUUUUGAGUGUUUGAAUUGACCAAGUUUAGUUUGAAUUCAGCCAAGUACCUUCAUGUAUUACUGAUAAUUUGCGUUCUCACAAUCACAACAUGAGCAUUUGUAGUUAAAAAGAUCUUUCAUUGUACUGAUGAAAACCGUUUUCAAUUUAUCUCCCCCCGCCUCAACUAAAUGCCCCGAGGGGAAGUCAUAUAUGGCCAUAAUUACUGGAAAUACAAUUUCCUGACAUCCUACAUGGUCAUAUACAGCUCCUAAGUCAGCCUUAGGAACAGGGUGACAGUCAAGUUAGAUCACUUCAAACAUGUGUAAGCUGUCUUCAUUUUACAAAUAUUGAAAACAAAUUUGUAAUAUAUGUUCUGAAGUGUUGGUUUACUUCCUGAUUUCUUUCACCAUAUCUGUGCCAGGUUUGAUUGAAAGGGUACAUUGUUUGUAAUGGCAGUAGAUUAUUUGUGUCCCAAAGGCAUGCCAGAAAGCAAUGAUUGUGGGUCAAAUCCUGGUUCACCCUGAUUAUGUUUCUUGGUUUGUCAACACCAUUCUAGAGCUUAUGGGUUUCACCAAUCACUGGAUUGUCACUUCUGGUUUCCACCAUAUCAGCUGACACACUGUGUUGUCAUUGUUUAAAGCGGAGUCAAAUUCAACUCACGCAUUCCUAAUUAUUAGUUUUCCCAUUUGUCAGAUUUUUUUCACCGAAAAUUGGUGUUGUAAGCUCUCCCAAACAAAUAAAUUGGAAACGGUUACUGUAUUUAGAAUUUUGCCAGUUACUAAAUUUUAAUUGAAAAAUGAAAUGAUCUAGGAUGUAGGUUUUGAAACUGUUUGAUCUUCGUCAAGCUGGUUGGUACAGCAACAUGCUCAUUUGUUAACAGUCCCAAUCCUGUGGAGUUACCAUGACCAGUGUGAAUACAAGUACGAAGUUCUUUACGGAUGACUUUUGUUUUUGCAGUUCCAAAAUCAUAACUUGUUAUCAUUCCAAACUAGGAAAUUUCUCUGAACUAGAAGAAACAAGACAUUUGAAAUUUUCUUAAAUGUUUGUUGAAAAUAUCACAAAAAAUCACUUACAUUAUUAUGUACAAAUGUUGAUUGUUUUAAAUUGAAUCUUGUUCUCAAACCUUGCCAUAAUACAUAUCUGAAGACCUGUCCAGUAGGAUCUAUUCGUUGUGGAAUCUCAGUAUCACAAGUGCAGUUCUUUGAAAUUGUUUGUGAUUCCUUCGAGAGAUGAAAGAGUGUAAUUAUGUACAUAACAACCUGUUCAACUGGUAAAAUGUGUUUGCAGUACGAAGUGUGUAAAGAUGCAAUAAUUGUGAACUGACAAGUUUUGAGUAUAAGUUGAACUGGACGGUGAGACAGGGUUAGACACAACCAUUAGUCAGAGGCCUGAACCAUACUAGUAAAAAUGUUCAGGAUCACCCAUUUCUUUCAUAUUACUAUCAUUAAUCUGUCAUUGCAUGAGAGGCGCUGGGGUUUUCUAGUGGUUAAAUCGUUCGGUUGUCACCGAAGACCCAGGUUGGAUUCCCCACAUGGGUGCAAUGUGUGAAGCCCAUUUCUGGUGUCCCCCACAUUGUGAUUUUGCAGGGAAUAUUGGUAAAGCGGUGUAAAACCAUACUCAUUGUCAUGGCAUGACAGAUUAACUAUUGUAAUAUGAAUGAAUUACGUGUUCCUUAACCUUAAUGUUACAAUACAGUAACCAUUAGUUUGAAAUUAGCUGGUGACUAGAUUGAUUUAUCUCAUGGUGUCUACCCCAAUAUGGUGAAAGUUUCUAUACAAUGUUGUCAGGAGGUUAAAAAAGUAAUUUUGGUAGUGAUCUUGCAGCUCUUUAACUAUAUUAAACAUGCAUUCUUAAGAAAUGAGUACUAGUAAGAAGCAUCCUAUCAUUCCUAUGCAUGGAUGACAAACUUUUGGCUAUGCAGAAUUGAAAGCCAGUUGGGUCAUUUCUGUGAAUCUGUUUUCAAUCAUUCAAGCCUACGAGGUGUAUAUUUGAUGGAGAUGUGACUUCACUCAAGCAUCAAUGAGAUUGUUUAUCAAAGGUAUAGGUAGAUGUUGACACUAGCCUGGUGGAUUCCGAGUUUGUCCAGUGAUGAUUGGCCACAAUCAGCACAACAGAAGAAAAGUAAUGUCAUUAUUCUGUAGGCAUUGAGCUGUGUUUCAAACCAGGUAUGAAAGUCACAUGGUCCUUGUUAUGGCCCUAAUGUAUAAAGUUAACUGAUUUGGGGUCUCCAGCUUUAAAUGCAACGCAAAAGGACUUAGAGGAUCAGAUGACACCUCUAUUUCUUACACACUUGGCAGUUCACUUGUGACUGAUAAAAUGACAAGAGUGAAGCUGCAAGUUUUUAAGGUAUGUGAAAAUUAGGGUGUUUCUCUGGUUAAGAGAGAACAUGAUUUGCUGUAUUGGGCACCCCUGUACAUCUGUGCACCACUUACCAGUAGUACAACACUGACAUGGACGGUUUGACCUGUGGCUGUCACAUUCUCACAGAAAUCUCUCACUCGAAACUCUACUAUACAAUUGCCAAGCAAUGCUUCGACAAAAGAAGUAUAUACUAAUGUAAGCAUGUAAAUUCAUUUUGCUCAAUCAUUAAACUAAAUGAACCAUUA